AUGGCAAACUCCACAAGUUUUGUUAACCUUUUAGCGAGCCAAGGGGUAAUUGACCUUGACUCAUCGGAACCUCUGUGCGUUAGCAGUCAAGGGGUAGCCAGCCAAUGUUCCGAUGAUUCUACUGUCAAAGAGAGGAGAAAAUGGUCACCAAAGGAGGAUAUAAUCCUCAUUGGUGCUUGGCUCAACACGAGCAAAGACCCAAUAGUUAGUAAUGAACAGAAAGGCCUUGCAUUCUGGAAGAGGAUUGUAGAGAACUACAACUCCAGUCCUCUACUGGGUGGCACAAUCCCACGAGAACUUGGGCAAAUCAAGCAACGAUGGGCUAGGAUCAAUGAUUUGGUGUGUAAGUUUUCUGGUACCUACGAGAUGGCACUGAGGGAGCAGAGAAGCGGGUAA